AUAAAAAUGUACACAAAAACAGUCAGCAAAGACAAAAUCCGGCGCACCGUGUACGGCACCUGCGUCGCGCUGGCCGCCGACGGCGGCGCCAGCGGCGGGGCGCGGCCCCGCAAGGUGACCAUCACCCUCUUCCGGCGUCGGGGGUGUUGGCGAGCCUUCAGCUCGCGGAGGGUGGGCGUCUUCGCCUUCCCGGAGGCGUGCGGCCCCACUUCCGUCCCUGCCCCGCUGGACCUGGAGUACCUCUUCAGGUGCAGCGGCGAGGCAGACGCCGCAGCCAUGCAGAUCAAGAUCUGUGUGGUGUACUACUGCCGCGGUGUCCCUCGCAAGGCCCGCGUUAGCUUGGAGGAGUUCAUGGAGCCGCUGCUGGAUGGAGGCCGACCUGACAGUUUCUACUUGUAUAUCUACGAAGACAAGGUCGGGCUCCAGCAGGCCAGCCAACAGUUCCAGGCUCUUCCCACGGCAUGGCCAUUGGAACAGAAGCCCGGCAAGGGAAAGAAGGCCAUGUACAACGAGGAACUCACUGACAAUGACUGCACCUACAAUGAAUGGAAGACUUACUUGGAAAAGGUGUUUUCGAUGGAUGAUGAUGAAGAAAGCACUGACAAUAACGACGACACCUACAGUGAAUGGAAGACUUAUCUGGAAAAGGUGUUCUCAGUGGAAAAUGAUGAAGCAAACACCAACAACGAUGAUGACACCCACAAGGAAUGGAAGGUUCCCUCGGAAAAAGUGUUUGCGGUGGAAAAUAACGAACUUGACGAGGCGAUCCACGAGGUUGUGGAAGCCUCUGAUAUGGAUGGCACUGAUGCACACGAGGCGGUCCACGAGCUGGGGCAAGCCUCUGCCGCAGAGGAGGAGGCCCCCGAGCUGCACCCUGAGCUGGGGCAAGCAUCUGGUGGCACUGUCACAGAGGAGGAGGCCCCCGAGCUGCACCCUGAGCUGGGGCAAGCAUCUGGUGGCACUGUCACAGAGGAGGAGGCCCCCGAGCUUCACCCUGAGCUGGGGCAAGCAUCUGGUGGCACUGUCACAGAGGAGGAGGCCCCCGAGCUGCACCCUGAGCUGGGAGAAGCCUCUGGUGGCACUGCCGCAGAGGAGGAGGCCCACGAGCUGGGGGAAGGCUCUAGGAGCGGGAAUAGUGCCACAGCCAGGGGAGCUUCCCGUCAAGGCGAGGCCCCUUCACCAGUGCACGUCUCUGCCGCCCCCACAGCUUCCCACGCCUACCGCAGCCUCACCGUGGCUCAGAGAUUCAUCGUCCGCCUCGCAGGCCCCAGUGACCGCCAGCUGGAGGACCUGCAGAGGAGCCAUGGCGUCAGGAUCGUGCGGGUCAGGCGAACCUUGCAUAUCAAGGGCCACAGGGACGCCGUCCUGCAGUGCUACAGCCACGUGUGCGAUGAGAUCGCUGAGUGGCGGAAGCGCGAGGUCGCUGGGGCUCAGUAAGCAACCCGCAUACAUGCCUGUGACCCGUGACAGCCUCGUCACCACCGUGUUUCAUUGUAUUUCUUAUCAUUUCUUAU